AAAUCUCCUAAAUCUUUCUAGUUGCUCUCUCCUGAGCUGCUGCAGCGCCGCCGGCCGGCUGGACGGCCAACGGCUCAUCUUUCUUCAAGCUGCUGCAAGCACACAAGAAGAGGGUAAUCAGUUGUCUCCAUGGCCAAAAAUAAAAGAAAGCAUGCAACACUGCAUUCUUUUUUUGAGAAGAAAAGAAGAACUGAUGUUCCAGAACAAAUUAUUUUGGUUGAUGCCCCUCCCUUGGUAGAUGAAGAAGAACAAGUGGAUGAACAAGAACAAAUAGAAGAAACUCCAAUAUCAACAACACCACCUCAGGUUAUGAGAGGGAGGGGCAAUGAUGAUUCUGCUAUUUUGGUGGUAGAAAGAGAACCAGGUCUGCGGUGCCAAAUUUCAGAUUAUCCUCCUAACGAUCAAGAAAAAGCUCGAAUGGCAUAUAUAAAGCAUGGGGCAUAUCAUUUUAAAAUGGAUGAGUAUCCUCCCGAUGAGUCGGUGACCCAUCCACGCAAGUUUCAAUAUCAUUGGUUUAAGAGCUUCCCUUGGUUAGAAUAUUCACCGGAUAAAGAUGCAGUCUACUGUUUUCCAUGCUUUUUAUUUUGUAAGAAGCCACUUGGAAAGAAAGGAUCUGAUGUGUUUACAGUGAAAGGAUUCAAAAAAUGGAAGAGAGUUAAUGACGGAGAGAGAUGUGCAUUCUUAACUCACAUGGGAAAGGACAGUAAAUCUGCUCAUAAUUAUGCUGCAAAAUGUUAUGAUAAUCUGAAGAAUAAGCCAUGUCAUCUGGAACCAUUAGUGGUGAAGCAAACAGAUGGGGAUAUCAAAAGGAAUAGGCUGCGUCUUAGAGUAACCGUUGAUUCACUACGGUGGUUAGCAUUCCAAGCUUGCCCCUUCCGAGGACAUGAUGAAAGUCUUGAUUCGAAGAACCAAGGUAAUUUCCUUGAAAUGGUGAAACUGAUAGCUUCUUAUGAUGAGGAAAUUGGUGCUGUAGUGUUGGGUAAUGCUCCAGGCAAUGCGAAGUACACAUCGCCUACAAUUCAAAAAGAACUUCUAGGUAUCAUUGCUUCUAAGGUGCAAAGUGAAAUCCGUAAAGAAAUAGGAGAUGCCAAGUUCUGCUUGCUUGUUGACGAGUCAAGAGAUGAAUCCAAAAGAGAGCAAAUGGCAGUAGUUAUUCGUUUUGUUGAUAAACCUGGUUUCACUCGUGAGCGUUUUCUUGAUAUUGUUCAUGUUGCUGAUACAUCUUCGGCUACUCUAAAAGAAGAGAUAUCAUCUGUUUUGGUUCAACAUCAGUUAGAUGUGAACAAUAUUCGCGGUCAAGGGUACGAUGGUGCUAGUAACAUGCGUGGAGAGUGGAAUGGACUACAAGCAAAGUUCAUGGAGGAGUGUCCUUAUGCAUAUUAUAUCCAUUGUUUUGCUCAUCAGUUGCAGCUAGCUCUUGUUGCUGCAUCAAAAGAAGUAGCUGAUGUUCACAACUUUUUUGAUCAUCUUGCUCUUGUUAUCAAUACGGUUGUGUCUUCUAGUAAGAGACAUGAUGAGUUGCAAGCAAAUCAAGUUGCUGAAAUGGAGCAUUUGAUUGAGCUCGGUGAGCUUGAAACUGGAAGUGGGGCUAAUCAAGUCGGAACUUUACAACGGCCUUGUGAUACUAGGUGGAGUUCACACUAUGCUUCUGUUUGCAGCCUUGUGAAAUUGUACAAACCAACAUUUUUGGUACUUAAAAGCAUUGCAACUGCUAAAGGAUCUGGUACUUCACCUUCCGCACGAGCAAAGGCUUCUGGUGCUGUUAAGUUGAUGAUGUCUUUUGACUUCAUAUUUAUUCUGCAUGUCAUGAAAGAACUUAUGGGAAUCACGGACAUGCUAUGCAAAAAGUUGCAACAAAAGUCUCAAGAUAUUGUGAAUGCCAUGGAUGAUGUUAAGACUACCAAAAUGUUGAUCCAGGAGCUAAGAGAUAAUGGUUGGAACAAGCUUAAAGCUGACGUGCUUUCAUUCUGUACCAAACAUGGAGUUCAAACACCACAUUUCACAAGCACAAGAGCUGAAUUGUAG